AUGGGUCUGAGAAUAAUCAGUGGAGCCAUACGCACCACUCCUAUUGUUUCUAUGGAAGUUGAAAAUUGCAUACCUCCAUUGUCCUUGCGGCGUUUGCAGUUAGCUGAAAGAUUCUGUUUGAAGGAGUUGUCUUGUAACAAUGAUAUUGUCCUGAGUAAUAUUUUAUAUCCUGCAGAAGUCUCCCAGUUAAAUGGAACAGCCAACAUCUCGGCUAAUACUCUUAUUUCGGGUACAUUGCCUGAAAUAACAACAAUAACAACUUGUGUAAAGAAUCAGACAAGAGAUAUGUACAUCAGUAACAAGUGGCCUAUUUACAAAUGCCCAUAUGAUACAUUACUUAAUUAUCUUGAUAUAAAAUGUCAUUUAAAUUCGGUUAGUACUAAGAAUGAAUUCUUAGAAUUUUUAAAUGAAAAGAAAGACUUUUACACUAUAUAUACUGAUGGCUCCAAGAGUGAUCUUGUUAAAGCAGCAUUUUAUGACCCACAAAUGAAAGUUAUUAAAUGUAUUAAGUUGCCAAGUAAUUGUAGUAUUUUUACAGCAGAAAGUUGGGCUAUAUUAGCUGCUUUGUCGUAUGUAAAUACCAAUGUAAAUAGUGUAAAUAUCUUGAUAGUUAGUGAUUCUAAAAGUGUUUUAUCUGCUUUAUGUAACUGUAAUUUAGUAUAUAAACAAAAUUAUAUUUUGUAUAAAAUUAAGGAUAAGCUGCAAACGAUUGGAAAAUGUAUAGAAUUCUUAUGGGUUCCCUCACACAGUGGCAUAGUCGGAAAUGAGAUAGUGGAUCAGGCGACGCGGCAAGAUCACCACGAAGACCAAACACAAGAUUGUAAAGUCCCCUUCACAGAUUAUUAUCAACACUUUAAAAUCUUGUCAAAGAAACUGUGGAAGGAUUACUGGAACAUUACUACCGUGAAUAAGGGAAAAUGGUACGCAGAAUUACAGCCAGACUUACCAACGAUUCCGUGGUACAACCGCUUUAAAUACACAGGCCGAAAGUUCAUAACGACCAUUAACCGCCUACGGUUUGGCCAUUGCCUCGUCCCUGCACAUCUGUACAGAAUGAACAUCGUAGCUGAUGACAAAUGCACACAUUGCGCUCAACAUAAUGCAGACAUAAACCACAUAAUUUUCCAGUGCCCAUCGUUUGGGAUUCAAAGGUUGACACUUGUCAGUGAAAUUAGUGAUGUCGCUGAAGAAAAUUCUAUAAGUGUUCCCCGCCGCGUUCAGGAUCUAUUAACUGAUGUAGCUUUUUUCAUGCCUCUAUUUAAAUUUAUACUUAAUACUGUAGGAAAACUUUAA